AUGGAGCAGCUACAACUUGUGCUCCAGUGGAUUCAGCAUACUCAUAGGUUUCUCGCCCGAAAUGAACAGACUCGCAAAGUCUGGGAAAUAGCGGUGCUGGAAGAAGGUCUCAAAGCCCCUUUCUUGAUGCAUGGAAUCUUGGGAGUCUCUGCACUCCAUUUAUCUUGCUCUAACAACAGUGAGCAGGCCAGAUGGCUUAGCGUUGCAAUUUCUCAUAAGAAUAUUGCGCUAUCCAUGUUCUCUGAACAGCAAUCCAACAUCGACCAGUCCAAUGCUAAAGCGAUGGUGGGCUUCGCUGGGCUUGUCGUUGUAUUUGGCUUAGGAAGUGCACUAACACCUGGCACUGACUCUGGUCCUAGCCUCGGCUCAUUGCUUGAGAUUUUUACUCUCUCGCGCGGUGUGCAGACUGUUGUGAAUGAGGAGUUCCAAUUUCUGCUGCAAAGUAAUUUUGCACCGCUCUUUAAUGCAACACCACCAGAUGUCCCAAUUCCAGAGCAUCUUCUCAACGCAUUCGAUUACCUCAUCGAGUUGAAUAAUCAACUGGGACUGGAAUGUGAUAACCACGACGCUACAAGCUAUAAGCAGUCGAUCGACGUAUUACGAGAUUUGUCUGCUUUCACUUUGGCGCAACCUACAACGAUGACUUUAAUGGGCGGAUGGGCUAUCCGAUUAUUGCCAAAGUUCAUGGAUGCUUUGAUACGCCACGACCCAUUCGCUCUUGUGGUGCUGGCUCAUUUCUGUGGACUUCUGGACAUGGCCCAUGAAAAUUGGUGUGUAGGACCCUGGGGCUCUGUGGUGCUAGAUGAGAUCCAUCGCUUGCUGCCCUCGGAGUGGAAACAACGAAUCAAAUGGCCAAUCGAACAGAUCCGAAGAACCCAAAACAUCCAGUCCAAUGGCUUAAUUUUGCAAACAUGA